AUGGAUUCUCUACAGGGUGAUGUGGGCAGAGAAGAGCCCGAAAAGCCUCCGGUCGAUUCUGAUGAGGUUCCCACAACUGGCGUGUCGAGGCCUGCUUCACAAUCUGGUCUAGUCCCUAUCGAAACUCCCCGGACGCCGGGACAUAGGCCUCAAAGUCAACAUCCGCGUCAUCCCGAUGGACCGGUCGGUCCUUCCUCGCCCGUCACCGACAGGAUUAUCGAAAAGCUUUGUCUUACGGUGAUACACCCAAAGACUCGUUCUCAAGCAUCCGACGCAGGGUCAGGCUCGGAAGAAAUGUCUCACUCGACGGUGGUGAACGAGGAGCAGGAGAUUGAUCAAUCAAGCGAUAGUCAAAGCGAAGGCUCCGAUUCAGAUGAGCAGAUGGACAUGAACGAGAGCAGCUCGCCGCAAAUCCCACCGCAUACGCCCAGAGCCCCGUCACGAGCGGUUUCAACAGCACCAUUGUCACGGGAGCCUCGAGACUUGCAACACCCUGCACCUACACCAAAUUUGGCUUCGUACCAAGCUGGUAGCUGGGGAGAGAUGAAGUCGCUUGUGGCGGCCCUAGAAGUGCACUUUCUGCGAUUCCCUGAAUUCUACAGUGCCGAGGAUCACAAAGUAAAGGUCGGCGAGCUAUAUCUCGAAGCAACCUCUGCUUCCGAAUGGCGAGAUCGGCGCCGCAAGCUGACACGGCCGUCCUGGAUAGCAUUCUGUUUCCUUGCGGAACAACUUGCGUUGACCAUCGAACCUGAUACGGCGCGGCGCUUGUAUACCAGUACCCACCAGAAGCCUGGAGAGCCGGUUCUCAAUUUUGCACUGUGUUUGCAAGAAUAUGCGCCACAUUCUAAUCCGGCGCAUCAUAACAGGGUGCGUCAUUUCUAUGACAGACUUCUCCCAGUACUCAAGAGCCAGGCGGGGAAGAAUUGGGAAAGCUUCGAUGAUAUUCAUGAGAUUGUGGAGUGCAUGGUUAAGGCUGAGCAGUCGCUUCGUUGGACUAGUAACAGGUCACUUUCGUGCAAACGAGGGUGGGCGAAUAGUUGA